CUGCUGUUGGCUUUCUGACAGUUUCCAGUGUCAUUACCAUGUCAGCUCCUUUCUUUCUGGGUAAAGUUAUUGACGUUAUUUAUACAAAUCCCAGUGAAGAAUUCACUGACAGCCUGACCAGCCUGUGUGCCUUGCUGAGUGGAAUCUUUUUAUGUGGUGCUGCUGCUAAUGCUACUCGUGUCUACCUCAUGCAGACUGCAGGACAAAGAAUUGUGAAACGUUUGAGAACAACCAUGUUCUCCUCUAUUCUGAAGCAAGAAACCGCUUUCUUUGACAAGACCAGAACAGGAGAGUUGAUAAACCGCUUAUCUUCAGAUACAGCCCUCUUGGGCCGUUCAGUGACUGAAAACCUUUCAGAUGGGCUCAGGGCAGGAGCACAGGCAUCUGUGGGGGUUGGAAUGAUGUUUUUUGUGUCUCCUAGCCUUGCUGCAUUUGUUUUGAGCGUUGUGCCACCCUUGGCCAUCCUGGCUGUGAUUUAUGGAAGAUACUUGCGAAAACUUACUAAAAUGACCCAAGAUUCUCUUGCAGAAGCAACACAGUUAGCUGAAGAGCGUAUUGGAAACAUAAGAACAGUUCGCGCUUUUGGGCAAGAAGUGUCUGAAAUGAAGAAGUAUACAAAUAAAGUUGAUUAUGUGCUACAGCUGGCUAAAAAAGAGGCACUAGCUCGGGCAGGCUUCUUUGGAGCAACUGGCCUUUCUGGAAACUUAAUUGUCCUCUCAGUCUUAUACAAAGGAGGAUUACUAAUGGGCAGUGCCUACAUGACAGUUGGUGAACUCUCAUCUUUCCUAAUGUAUGCUUUCUGGGUUGGAAUAAGCAUUGGAGGUCUAAGUUCCUUUUAUUCCGAACUAAUGAAAGGACUAGGUGCUGGUGGACGUCUAUGGGAACUUAUUGAAAGGAAGCCCCAACUUCCAUUUAAUGAGGGAAUAACAUUAGGCAAAGACACAUUCAGAGGUGCUUUGGAAUUCAAGGACGUUCAGUUUGCAUAUCCAACACGUCCAGAAACAUCCAUUUUCAAAGAUUUUAGCCUUUCCAUUCCAGCUGGCUCUGUUAUGGCUCUGGUUGGCCCUAGUGGUACAGGGAAAUCGACUAUUGUAUCCCUUCUGCUGAGGCUGUAUGAUCCUAUCUCAGGUACUAUCACUGUUGAUGGCUUUGAUAUCCGUCAGUUAAAUCCACUGUGGUUCAGGACAAAGAUUGGAACAGUGAGUCAGGAACCCAUUCUGUUCUCCUGUUCUAUCGCUGAAAAUAUUGCCUAUGGUGCAGAGGAUCCUUCUACUGUGACUGCAGAGGAGAUUCAGAAAGUUGCAGAAAUAGCUAAUGCUGCUAGCUUUAUUAGAGGUUUUCCAAAAGGAUUUGACACUGUAGUUGGAGAAAAAGGCAUUCUGCUUUCAGGUGGACAGAAGCAACGAAUUGCGAUUGCUCGAGCUCUGCUCAAGAAUCCUAAAAUUCUUCUCUUAGAUGAAGCAACAAGUGCUUUGGAUGCUGAAAAUGAGUACCUAGUGCAAGAAGCUCUGGACCGGCUGAUGGAAGGGAGGACAGUCCUAAUUAUUGCUCAUCGUCUGUCUACUAUUCAGAAUGCUGAUUUUGUUGCAGUCCUUGGCCAGGGUAAAAUUCUUGAAUGUGGAAAACAUGAAGAACUACUUGCAAAUCCAAACGGACUUUUCAGGAAACUAAUGCAGAAACAAGCUUUUCUUCAGAAUAGUGAUACUUUUGCCUUAGAUUUACAAUCUAGAGAAAAGGAUGUAUUAAAAGAAAAUGUAUGAGAGAAUGUAUGAAUAGUGGAAGCUUACAAACUACAAAGAAUAUAACUUAUGUUUCAGUGAUGUAAAGUAAAUGUUAUAUUUUUUCAAAAUGUACAAAAUAUUCUUUUGAAACUUAAAUGUUUAAACUUUUUAUUGAAAGCUUUUUAAUAAUUAUUGCAACUUUUUAAAAUGUCUAUCACAUUGAGAGAAUUUCAGUGUAUAGAUUUUUCUGCUUUGUGUUAUGGUAAUUGAGACCAUUUAGAAUCUUGUUUGCUAUAAUGCAUUGUAUGAUGAUGUGCUGUGUUCUCAAGUACGUUCAGUAUUUCAAAGGUAA